AUAUACGAAUUAGGAAUGCCAGGUUCGCUUACAGAACCAAGAGUUGAUUACGUUGCGAUUCCACCUGACGGAGGUUGGGGGUGGUUUGUGGUGCUGGUUGCCUUCUGUUGGAAUGUGAUCGUCGAUGGCACUUGCUUCACCUUCGCUCUUUUUAUGAGUGAAAUGUUGCAGGACUUCAAAGUAACUCACUCUUUGUUGAUGGUGUCCAGCUCAACCCAAAUGGGCCUGUAUUACUUCAUUGGACCUUUGGUGGCUGCUAUGAUAAACCGUUUUGGAUUCCGAACAGUGGCCAUGACUGGAGGAUUGCUUGCAUUUGGAGGUGUUUUAUCUUCAGCAUAUGUUGACAACAUCUACUUGUUCAUAUUCACUUUUGGCUGUACACUUGGUGUUGCCUUUAGUAUGAUCUACAUGUGCAACAUUCUCGUAGUGGGUUUCUACUUUGAUAAAUACCGAGCGGUAGCGACUUGUAUAGCUGUCAGUGGUAGCCCAAUGGGAGUCAGCGUGUUCCCUUUCAUCCUCAGCAUCCUUAUCCCUGAUAUGCACUGGCGUGAUAAGUACAAGUACAUUUCGGGAACACAUCUUUUAAUGACCCUGUUUGGACUGGUGUACAAAUCAAUUCCACUCUCGGAAGUGAUAACGGAUACCCGCAAAGGAGUCACAGAAAACUCAUCAAUAUGGGAUGAGUGGGAACGCGAACACCCUGUGAGAGGUGUUGGUGAUUAUCCAACAAAUGCAGAAGCUCUAGAGAAUAUUAACUAUACCAUUGUCACACCUUAUGACAUCCUGGACCAAGACUCUGACCAAAGCGGAAGUAUCAGAACCAAGAUGCUAAGUAUCAGCACGCUCAAUCGGUAUUCAUCGGCAGAUAUACCAAAAUAUAUUGUGAGAAAAAUCUGCUGCUGUCGUUGUAAAUGUAAAUACGUACCAUGUGCGUGUUUGUGGCAUGAUACCAGACCAAUGUAUAGAGAUGACAUUCUGUAUCAUGGUUCAACAAGAAAGUUACGACAGUAUAAUCGUUCUGAGAUAGAUCUUACAAAAAGAAGAACUGCUUAUCAUAUGAACGUGACAAGAACAUCUAACUUUGCGGAUACUCCAGAAAAUGCAGACUGUUGCAAUUGUUGCCCAGAUUCAGUCAUUCGAGUGUUGUUGACCAUGUUAGAUUUUAGUCUGGUGAAAUCCUUCGCGUUCUUUUUGCUCGCAUUUAGUGGAUUUCUUACUUAUCUUGGUUUAUACAUUCCGUACAUGCACGGAAUUGAGUUUUCCGUGCAGAAUCAUGUGGACAAAGCACAUGCUAGCUAUGUUCUCACAGCAAUAGGUAUUUCAAAUUGUGUGGGACGAAUGGUUUCUGGAUUUGUAACAACCAUGAUUCCUAAAAUAAGACCUAUAAUUCUUUCGGAGAUUACCUUAGUGUUUGCUGGCACUGCAUGCAUUGCUCAUCCUUACUUUAGCAGCUUUCUAGCUCAUAUAAUUUGUGCUUCAAUUUUUGGAUUUAAUAUUGCUACGAUAUCAUCGAUGAGGACGUUAGUUGUCGUUGAUUUAUUAGGUCUGGAAAAGUUAACGAAUGCGUUUGGUUUGAUUGUUUUGUUGGAGGGUUUGUCAUCGUUGGUUGCUAUGCCUUUGAACGCUUUUCUUUAUGAAUCCUAUAAUGAUUUAAAAGUCCCCUUUGUCUUUUCGGGAAUAAUGAUUAUUUUGAGUGGAAUUAUUUUGAUUCCAGUUGAAUCUUUGUAUAAAUUAGAAAAGAAACGUAAAAUGAAGAAAGAAGAACACAGGCGGUGGGUGAGGUCCCAGCAGAUUAAAAGACUAUCAACAAAAUCCACUCACCAACCACAACAAUCAACUAGUAAAAGAUAAUGUAAAACUUAAUCUAUUACAUGAAUAAACCUGUUCUUCCACCUA